UAAGAAGUUAAAGUAACAUAUACAUCCGGUAUAUUAGUCUUUUGUGGUCAAGAUAAAAUUGAUAGAGAUUUGUAAAAUAUCCGUUAGCUAUGGCACUAAGUAGUUCUUUAUGGAUGGGCGAUCUGGACACGUACAUGGAUGAAAUAUUUAUCAGCAGUGCGUUUCAGCAGCUUGGGGAAAAUGUUCUUCACGUUAAACUAAUUAAGAAUAAAAAUGUGUCUACAGCCAGUUACUGCUUUGUGGAUUUCGGUGAUGUGGAGGUGGCCAAUCGUGCUAUUCUUCGAAUUAACGGGAAGAUAAUACCUGGCAGUAACCCACCAAGGAGGUUCAAGUUGAAUCCUGCUAGCUAUGGAAAAGAACAUGUUUUAUUACCUGAGUUUUCACUCUAUAUUGGAGACCUGUCUUCUGAUGUUGACGACUAUCAGCUGUACAGUGCCUUCGCUAAACGAUAUCGCUCAGUCCGAGCAGCCAAGGUCGUCCUUGGCUCCAGUGGUAAGAACAAGGGAUUUGGCUUCGUACGAUUCUCGGAGGAAACGGAUCAACAGAGGGCGCUCAUUGAAAUGCAGCACAUGACAGGAAUUGGUCGCAAUCCGAUCCGAGUGAGCCUGGCACAGCCAAAAGGAUCUGAAUAUUCAUCAAGCUCCAGCAAGUAUCGACGAGACCAUGAUAGUGGAUCCGGAUACAACUCCUACAGCUCCCACUACCCAGGCUCCUACUACGCUGGCUCCUAUUCCUGGGGAGGAUACACCUACAACUACAACCAGUACUGUCCUCCUCCCCCCACACACCAGCUAAAACACUUACACAAGUUAAACUGGUUUAACUACAACACACCAGAUCCUGGUGUUGAAGUCAACAUAAAUCGAGAAAACCGAGAAUUCAUGGAAUCAAGUGAAUCAUUCUUAGAAGCAAUAGAAAAAUCUCGGUGGUUUCCUCUUGACAAUGUCAUGUCACAAAUACCGGCUGCAGGCAGUUGAAAGAGCCAACCAAUCAGUAAACAGAAGUCAAUGGAGGAGAACCAAUCAUAAAAUAGAUUACAUGAUGUUAUGAAUAGAACUGUGUAAAGUCAAAGAGAAUCCUUGUUAAUAAAAUCACCAAUGUUUACACCUGUAGACAUUCAAAUAUCGUGUUUAAAUCAUAAGUGUUUACACCUGUAGACAUUCAAAUAUCGUGUUUAAAUCAUAAGUGUUUACACCUGUAGACAUUCAAAUAUCAUGUUUAAAUCACCAGUGUUUAUACCUGUAGACAUUCAAAUAUCGUGUUUAAAUCACCAAUGUUUACACCUGUAGACAUUCAAAUAUCGUGUUUAAAUCACCAGUGUUUACACCUGUAGACAUUCAAAUAUCAUUUUUAAAUCACCAAUGUUUACACCUGUAGAGAUUCAAAUAUGGUGUUUAAAUCACCAGUGUUUACACCUGUACACAUUCAAAUAUGGUGUUUAAAUCACCAAUGUUUACACCUUAUGUUUAAAUUACCAAUGUUUAAACCUGUAGACUUUCAAAUAUCGUGUUUAAAUCACCAACGUUUACCCCUGUAGACAUUCAAAUAUGUUUAGAUCACCAAUGUUUACACCUUAUGUUUAAAUUACCAAUGUUUACACCUGUAGACAUUCAAAUAUGUUUAAUAACCAAUGUUUACACAUGUAGACAUUCAAAUAUCAUGUUUAAAUCACCAAUGUUUACACCUGUAGACAUUCAAAUAUCGUGUUUAAAUCACUAAUGUUUACACCUGUAGACUUUCAAAUAUCAUGUUUAAAUCACUAAUGUUUACACCUGUAGACAUUCAAAUAUGUUUAAAUCACCAAUGUUUACCCCUGUAGACAUUCAAAUAUGUUUAAAUCACCAAUGUUUACACCUGUAGACAUUCAAAUAUCGUGUUUAAAUCACUAAUGUUUACAUCUGUAGACUUUCAAAUAUCAUGUUUAAAUCACUAAUGUUUAUACCUGUAGACAUUCAAAUAUGUUUAAAUCACCAAUGUUUACCCCUGUAGACAUUCAAAUAUCAUGUUUAAAUCACUAAUGUUUACACCUGUAGACAUUCAAAUAUGUUUAAAUCACCAAUGUUUACCCCUGUAGACAUUCAAAUAUGUUUAAAUCACCAAUGUUUACACCUGUAGACAUUCAAAUAUCGUGUUUAAAUCACUAAUGUUUACACCUGUAGACUUUCAAAUAUCAUGUUUAAAUCACUAAUGUUUACACCUGUAGACAUUCAAAUAUGUUUAAAUCACCAAUGUUUACCCCUGUAGACAUUCAAAUAUGUUUAAAUCACCAAUGUUUACACCUGUAGACAUUCAAAUACAUGUUUAAUGUCCACUAAUUACCCUCAUCUACUGGCUGUUAUCCACGCAGUUAGAAUACAGUAUGAUUGUCGUGUUUUACUUAACAUUCAAGGCACUUAAACCAACUUGUCUUUGAACUUGUGAAAUAUCAGGAUAGCGAUAGAACAUUCAAGUGAACACUAUCAUACUGUACACAGUAACCACAUACUGUUUGUGUGGGUGAGACUAUCAUACUGUACACAGUAACCACAUACUGUUUGUGUGGGUGGGACUUUCAUACUGUACACAGUAACCACAUACUGUUUGUGUGGGUGAGACUUUCAUACUAUACACAGUAACCACAUACUGUUUGUGUGGGUGAGACUAUCAUACUGUACACAGUAACCACAUACUGUUUGUGUGGGUGAGACUAUCAUACUGUACACAGUAGCCACAUACUGUGUGUGUGGGUGAGACCAUCAUACUGUACACAGUAACCACAUACUGUUUGUGUGGGUGAGACCAUCAUACUGUACACAGUAACCACAUACUGUUUGUGUGGGUGAGACCAUCAUACUGUACACAGUAGCCACAUACUGUUUGUGUGGGUGAGACUAUCAUAAUGUACACAGUAACCACAUGCUGUUUGUGUCGGUGAGACUAUCAUACUGUACACAGUAACCACAUGCUGUUUGUGUGGGCGAGACUAUCAUACUGUACACAGUAGCCACAUACUGUUUGUGUGGGUGAGACUAUCAUAAUGUACACAGUAACCACAUGCUGUUUGUGUCGGUGAGACUAUCAUACUGUACACAGUAACCACAUGCUGUUUGUGUGGGUGAGACUAUCAUACUGUACACAGUAACCACAUGCUGUUUGUGUGGGUGAGACCGUCAUACUGUACACAGUAACCACAUACUGUUUGUGUGGGUGAGACCGUCAUACUGUACACAGUAACCACAUACUGUGUGUGUGGGUGAGACCGUCAUACUGUACACAGUAACCACAUACUGUUUGUGUGGGUGAGACUUUCAUACUGUACACAGUAACCACAUACUGUUUGUGUGGGUGAGACCGUCAUACUGUACACAGUAACCACAUACUGUGUGUGUGGGUGAGACUGUCAUACUGUACACAGUAACCACAUACUGUUUGUGUGGGUGAGACUAUCAUACUGUACACAGUAACCACAUACUGUUUGUGUGGGUGAGACCAUCAUACUGUACACAGUAACCACAUACUGUUUGUGUGGGUGAGACCAUCAUACUGUACACAGUAACCACAUACUGUGUGUGUGGGUGAGACUUUCAUACUGUACACAGUAACCACAUACUGUGUGUGUGGGUGAGACUUUCAUACUGUACACAGUAACCACAUACUGUUUGUGUGGGUGAGACCAUCAUACUGUACACAGUAGCCACAUACUGUUUGUGUGGGUGAGACUUUCAUACUGUACACAGUAACCACAUACUGUCUGUGUGGGUGAGACUUUCAUACUGUACACAGUAACCACAUACUGUUUGUGUGGGUGAGACCAUCAUACUGUACACAGUAACCACAUACUGUGUGUGUGGGUGAGACUGUCAUACUGUACACAGUAACCACAUACUGUUUGUGUGGGUGAGACUAUCAUACUGUACACAGUAACCACAUACUGUUUGUGUGGGUGAGACCAUCAUACUGUACACAGUAACCACAUACUGUUUGUGUGGGUGAGACCAUCAUACUGUACACAGUAACCACAUACUGUGUGUGUGGGUGAGACUUUCAUACUGUACACAGUAACCACAUACUGUGUGUGUGGGUGAGACUUUCAUACUGUACACAGUAACCACAUACUGUUUGUGUGGGUGAGACCAUCAUACUGUACACAGUAGCCACAUACUGUUUGUGUGGGUGAGACUUUCAUACUGUACACAGUAACCACAUACUGUCUGUGUGGGUGAGACUUUCAUACUGUACACAGUAACCACAUACUGUUUGUGUGGGUGAGACCAUCAUACUGUACACAGUAACCACAUACUGUUUGUGUGGGUGAGACCAUCAUACUGUACACAGUAACCACAUACUGUGUGUGUGGGUGAGACUUUCAUACUGUACACAGUAACCACAUACUGUGUGUGUGGGUGAGACUUUCAUACUGUACACAGUAACCACAUACUGUGUGGGUGGGCGAGACCAUCAUACUGUACACAGUAACCACAUACUGUUUGUGUGGGUGAGACCAUCAUACUGUACACAGUAGCCACAUACUGUUUGUGUGGGUGAGACUUUCAUACUGUACACAGUAGCCACAUACUGUUUGUGUGGGUGAGACUUUCAUACUGUACACAGUAACCACAUACUGUCUGUGUGGGUGAGACUAUCAUACUGUACACAGUAACCACAUACUGUCUGUGUGGGUGAGACUAUCAUACUGUACACAGUAACCACAUACUGUCUGUGUGGGUGAGACUAUCAUACUGUACACAGUAACCACAUACUGUCUGUGUGGGUGAGACUUUCAUACUGUAUACAGUAACCACAUACUGUCUGUGUGGGUGAGACUUUCAUACUGUACACAGUAACCACAUACUGUCUGUGUGGGUGAGACCAUCAUACUGUACACAGUAACUACAUACUGUGUGUGUGGGUGAGACUAUCAUACUGUACACAGUAACCACAUACUGUGUGUGUGGGUGAGACCAUCAUACUGUACACAGUAACCACAUACUGUUUGUGUGGGUGAGACUUUCAUACUGUACACAGUAACCACAUACUGUGUGUGUGGGUGAGACUAUCAUAAUGUACACAGUAACCACAUACUGUUUGUGUGGGCGAGACUUUCAUACUGUAUACAGUAACCACAUACUGUUUGUGUGGGCGAGACCAUCAUACUGUACACAGUAACCUCAUACUGUUUGUGUCGGUGAGACCAUCAUACUGUACACAGUAGCCACAUACUGUUUGUGUGGGUGAUACUUUCAUACUAUACACAGUAACCACAUACUGUCUGUGUGGGUGAGACUUUCAUACUGUACACAGUAACCACAUACUGUCUGUGUGGGUGAGACUAUCAUACUGUACACAGUAACCACAUACUGUCUGUGUGGGUGAGACUAUCAUACUGUAUACAGUAACCACAUACUGUUUGUGUGGGUGAGACUUUCAUACUGUAUACAGUAACCACAUACUGUUUGUGUGGGUGAGACUUUCAUACUGUACACAGUAACCACAUACUGUUUGUGUGGGUGAGACCAUCAUACUGUACACAGUAACCACAUACUGUGUGUGUGGGUGAGACUGUCAUACUGUACACAGUAACCACAUACUGUUUGUGUGGGUGAGACCAUCAUACUGUACACAGUAACCACAUACUGUGUGUGUGGGUGAGACCAUCAUACUGUACACAGUAACCACAUACUGUUUGUGUGGGUGAGACUAUCAUACUGUACACAGUAACCACAUACUGUUUGUGUGGGUGAGACUUUCAUACUGUACACAGUAACCACAUACUGUGUGGGUGGGUGAGAUUAUCAUACUGUACACAGUAACCACAUACUGUGUGUGUGUGUGUGUGUGAGACUAUCAUACUGUACACAGUAACCACAUACUGUUUUUGUGGGUGAGACUAUCAUACUGUACACAGUACUAAGCCACAUACUGUGUGUGUGGGUGAGACUUUCAUACUGUACACAGUAACCACAUACUGUGUGUGUGUGUGAGACUUUCAUACUGUACACAGUAGCCACAUACUGUGUGUGUGGGUGAGACGUUUGUUAAGCCUGGUUAUAUAAGCAUCAGUAUUUUGUCCACAUCAAAUUUUAGUUACCCAUGAAUUGAAUGGAAGUCAUACAGUGACCUGUUUUUGUGUCCAUAGUGAAUUGAAUGGAAGUCAUACAGUGAUCUGUUUUUGUGUCCAUAGUGAACUGAAUGGAAGUCAUACAGUGACCUGUUUUUGUGUCCAUAGUGAACUGAAUGGAAGUCAUACAGUGACCUGUCUGUUUUUUUCAGAAGUAUGUGUCAUUUUAAUUUUUCUGGUGUAUGGAGACUAAUGAAUGUGUUUAUAUUUGGAGUAUGAUGUGGAUUUUCAUUUAUUUUCUUUAAUUAAAUAUUAAAACUAU